AUGGCCACCACCGCCCGCCCCCAGAACCCCGUCCUCAAGAGGAAUGUCACUACCGACUCGGUCGUGUCCUCGUCGGCACCCUCUGCGAGCACGUCGCCAAUCGAUUCGCCGACCGGUUCGGCUUCCAACACUUCGCUCUCCUCUCUCAGCUCUGUCGAUGAAGUAAAUGUCAAGAACGCGCGCGGGACGCUGCUCGACACCUACGGCAACGAAUUUCAGAUCCCUGACUACACCAUCAAGGAUAUCCGCGAUGCCAUCCCCAAGCACUGCUUCGAGCGGUCAGGAGCCCGUGGUCUCGGCUAUGUCGCCCGCGACAUAGCCUGCCUUGCGGCCACUUUCUACCUCUUCCACAACUAUGUGACUCCCGAGACCAUCCCCUCGACUGCUGUGCGAACUGCGUUGUGGGCCGGAUAUACUGUCAUUCAGGGUCUGUUCGGAACUGGUCUCUGGGUCAUGGCCCACGAGUGCGGUCACCAAUCGUUCUCUCCCUCCAAGGUGCUGAACGACACGGUUGGCUUCAUUGCCCACACUGUGCUCCUCGUUCCCUACUUCUCCUGGAAGAUCUCCCACGGAAAGCACCACAAGGCUACCGGCCACAUGGAGCGCGACAUGGUCUUUGUUCCUAAGACGAGAGACCAAUACGCUUCGCGUGUCGGCAAGCUGGCCCACGAGCUUCACGAGCUGACUGAGGAGACUCCCAUUGCGACCCUCAUCCACUCGGUGGUGCAGCAGCUCGGCGGCUGGCCCAUGUACCUCAUCGCCAACGUCACCGGCCACAACUACCACGAGAGGCAGCCCGAGGGCAAAGGCAAGGGAAAGCAGAACGGUAUCUUCAGCGGCGUCAACCACUUCAACCCGUCCAGCCCUCUGUACGAGAGGAAGGACGAGCACUUGAUCCUCGCCAGCGAUGCUGGUCUGGCCGUCGUCAUCGGUGCUCUCUGGUACAUUGGCAAGACCUUCGGCUUCUCGAACCUCCUCGUCUGGUACAUCCUCCCGUACCUCUGGGUGAACCACUGGCUCGUCGCCAUUACCUUCCUCCAGCACACCGACCCUACUCUUCCUCACUACGACGCUCAGACCUGGACCUACACACGUGGCGCCGCUGCCACCAUCGAUCGCGAGUUCGGCUUCGUCGGCCGCACGCUUCUCCACGGCAUCAUCGAGACCCACGUCCUCCACCACUACGUUUCCACGAUCCCCUUCUACCACGCUGAUGAGGCCACCGAGGCUAUCAAGAAGGUCAUGGGCAGGCACUACCGAUCUGAUACCGAGGGUGGAUCCAUCGGCUUCCUGAAGUCCAUCUGGAAGAGCGCCCGAUGGUGCCACUGGGUCGAGCCCAGCGAGGGUGCUCAGGGCGAAGGCAAGGGCGUCCUCUUCUUCCGCAACCGCAACGGUCUCGGCACCGCUCCCUCCAAAAUGGCCGCUCCCGUCCCCAAGAUGACUGCUGGCAAGGCCGCGAAGAUGGAGAUCGGCGCCGACAGCGACAACGAGUAG